AUGGCCAACGCUGCACUCGACGACGACGAUGUCCCCACCAAGCGCGAGUCGCAUUUCAACAACCAGCGCUCGUCGCUGCGCUCUUCCACCCUCUCUGAAGAAUCAGCGCACCGCCCGGAACCGCGAUCGCGAACCCGCAGCGACCUGCGCCGGCUGCACGACUUCAACCUCGACCUCGAGAGAGUCCACUCGGAGCACGCGGAUAGCGAGCCAUUGCCCUCGCCUACCUCGACCGCCUCGCCCGCACCCAACGUGCCGUAUACGCGACAGCGGAACCAUUCGUACAGCAGCGUGAAGCGGUGGGACAAAAACGCCGGGAAGCACCGUUCGCUCAGCACAGUUUCCUCACGAGCCGGCGAGAGCAAGCACGACGACGACCUCCUAGGAGCAGACUCCUGGCUCCAUCUCUACAACGACAACGCGCAUUCGCCGAAUCUUCCCACGCCAUUGCGCACACCCAGAACGCGAGCACAGAGUAGGGCGUCGCAGAGAGAGAAUGCGGGUGGUGGUAGUCCGGCAUCUCAAACACAUCCACACCGAUCGAGAAGACCCUCUUUUCCACUCGGACGAGUAGCGCCCGGUGCUGCAUCAGGGUCUCAGCUGGACAUUACGGCCCUGCCCAGCAUGUCGCCCGUUCAAGAAGACGGCCACGACCGCACCCACCACUACGACGAUCACCACACAGACGCGGAGCACUACCUGCGCUCCAAGCGCACCCCUGGGCAGCAAAAAGCAUCAAGAUGUGCCACGGAGCUGUACACCAUCUCCUACCUCAUCUUCUUCUCCAUAUGGGGCACGCUAGCUCGUCUGGGUCUACAGGCCCUGACAUUUUACCCCGGCGCGCCAGUCAUCUUCUCUGAGCUCUGGGCCAAUGUCGCAGGCACAUUCAUCAUGGGCUUCCUAUCCGAAGACCGCCGUCUCUUCGCUGCCGAAUGGGGGAGUCGCAGUAAUAGUAAUGAUGGCGAAGAGAAACUCCCCGAACCAACCGAUUAUCCUGCCAACGACAUUGAACACUCGCAACACAAGGCGCGGCAUGGGAAGAUCAAGAAAACUAUACCGAUGUACAUUGGUCUUGCAACAGGGUUUUGCGGCUCAUUCACCAGUUUCUCGAGUUUCAUGCGCGACAUCUUCCUCGCGCUGUCGAAUGAUCUCAAAAGCCCUAUAAAUCAUCCCUAUCCUGCGGGUACACCUACGCCGUCUGUGACCACCACAGUCCCACGAAACGGCGGGUAUUCCGUCAUGGCCGUCCUAGCCACAAUCAUAAUAACCAUAGCGACAUGUUACUGCGCUUUGCACAUCGGCGCACAUCUCGCUCUAGCCCUAGACCGCAUCACACCCAGCCUACCCUUCCGCUUCACCCGCCGUUUCUGCGAUCCCAUCUUCGUUAUCCUGGGCUGGGGCGUCUGGUUCGGCGCAAUCAUCAUGGUGUGUCUGCCUCCCUCCUCAACAUGGCGCUCCCAAGCCCUCUUCGCCUGCGUCUUCGCCCCCGCAGGCUGUCUCCUCCGCUACUACAUAUCCCUCUUCCUCAAUCCCAUUGCGCCGUCUUUCCCGCUCGGCACCUUCACCGUCAAUAUCUUCGGUACUGCGGUGUUGGGCAUGGCAUACGACCUCCAGCAUGUGCCUCUCAGCAGUACAGGCCUGGUUGGAGGCAGUGUGGCGGGCUGUGCGGUUCUGCAAGGGAUACAAGAUGGCUUCUGUGGCUGUUUGACGACGGUUAGCACGUGGAUUGUGGAGAUUGAUACGGCGAAGAGGAGGAGGAGUGCGUAUGUUUAUGCGGGUGCGAGUGUGGCGGCCGGACUGGGGUUGUUGGUUGUGGUUAUGGGAAGUGUAAGGUGGACGGUGGGGUGGGAGGAGAUGUUGUGUGUGACUUGA